AUGAAUAAAUUGGUUGCUAAACUCUCCCAAUUAAAAGCUAGUUAAUCAGAAUACCCUGAUUUAGAAACUAAUGCUGAACAGAUUUAAAGAAAGCAGCUUCCCUUUGUCAGUAUUAUAGGAGCACAAAAAAUCAACCUUGAAAAGGAAACAAGCAACUUCUUGCAAAGAGGUUCUUUGGAUUCUGCAGGUUUAUUGCGCGCUUUAGAGAGCAAAGAUUAAGGAUAAAAUCUCUCUGAAAAAGAGAAAGCACUAUACUAAAUAUUCAAUAAAAAGGAAAUAGAUCUUCGAAAUUCAGCUGAAGCUAAUCUGGCUAUUUACAUUCUUAGAAAGCAGAUUAAAAACAAUUUGGAAAUGCGUUUCUUGCAAUAGGUAAUCCAAAACAUCAGCAUCUUUAAGUAGAAUCCAGGCAUGGCUUCUGAUUCAUUGAUCUCAAGCAACUUAUUUAAGCAGCUAAAGCAUGAAUUUUAUCCACGCAGAACAGUCCUCUUUAAUUAUGGUGACUAAGGAGAUAAAUACUACAUAGUCUUGAAGGGUUCAGUAUAUUGCUUAUUGCCUGAUAGUUAGCUGAGUGAAGAGCAAAGAUCAUGCAAUAGAAGUUUAAAUCUUUAAUAAAAUCGUCCUCACUCUCCUUAAUCGAAUAGAUCUUCAAAUUAGUAAGAGUAACUCGAAAAAGAAGAUAAUCCGAAGUUUCUUAAAGUACUCCAAAACAUAACAGCUAAAAAGAAAACAUUUGCAUUUUUUGCAAAGCUUGGAAUGGCUUAAACUUUUCUGGAAGAAAUUAGAGAAGAACAAGCUCUUACAGAUGAAGAAUAUAUGAGAAAAAAAUUCCCUGAUUUCAAGGCUGUUAAGUAAAUAGGACCAGGAGAAAGCUUUGGUGAAAUAGCUUUAAUGACAAACAAAGGCAGAACGGCCACAAUAUUUUUAAAAGAAGAUACUCAUUUUAUGAGUCUUAGUAAAGAAGGAUUCAACAAAGUUUUUAGCAUUUAUAAAGCUAAAAUUUUAGAAGAUUAAAUUUAGUUUUUGCAUAAUUUCUCAUUUUUUAGAGAUUUAAGCAAAUUCUCUUUGUUACAACUUUUAUAUCACUUUAGAAUAGAAGUUUUUUCUUGUAAAUAAAUAAUCUACUCUUAAAAAGAUAGUGCUGAUAAACUUUACUUAGUUCAUCGUGGUGAAGUUGAAAUCUCUAAAAAAUAUAUCAUAAAAGAAGAUUAAACUGAGCCUUAAUACUUUAAAAAUAACUUGAUCAAUAGGAACAGUAAUUUUAAAAUGACUAAAGACGAAAAUAAAUAUAUCAUUGAAAAAUCAACAGAUGGUGCAAUUAAUUUGAAAUAAUCAUUAAAGCGAUAGAAUUAAAUAUAAAAAAACAUCACAAUUUCUAAAGUAGGCUCUAAUUCUUACUUUGGAGAAUAUGAAAUAAUAAAUGAAAAAAGUUUAAGAGAGACACAAGCUAAAUGCUCUUCUGUAACUAGUGAGAUCUAUAUAAUUGAUAUAAAGAAACUCAAGCAAAUAUUAAGUGUUAAAGAAUACUAAAUGCUCAUAGAAGAAAGCAAAGUUAGAAUAGAAUUUCAGGAGAAAAGAAUUCACUAAUCUAUAAACUUAAAGGAAAACUAAAUGGAAGUAUUAAAAUAAAAUAACAGUAUGAAUAACAAUAAAUCAGUGAACGAGUUUUAAAAUUAACAUUCUAUAAAAGCUAUUAAUUAAAAAAGAAAUUCUCUUUAUGAAAAAUAGCAAUAGAAUUAAGAAAAUUAUGAAUUACCUCAACCUUCUCAGUUGAUUAAAGGAGGAGUAAUAUUAUGCAAGGAUUAAACUUCAUACAAUCUAACUUCUCGCACAGAAGAAAGUGUGAUAAUUCCUUAAACCCCAAAAACAAUAUUUCCUUCAAGUAAAGUGACAAGAAAGUCUUUUGCCUCUUCAAAUAAAGAUUCUACUAUGACAUCGUCAGCAACUACAAGAUUAUAGUCUUAGUCUAAGCAUAGAUCCUCUCUAUAAAAUAUUUAAGAUGAUUUUAAUUCUCUAACAUAAAUUUUAAAUCAAGAGGUAACUCCUUUUAAAACUUCUCUAAACUAAUUGAGUUCAGCUCAAAUACCUUUUACGAACAAUAAAAUAAAAAGAACCCUAACAUUACAAUAAACGAAUGGAUACAUACCAGGACUGUAUCCUCAAAAAACUUUGGCUAAUUUACCUAUUGCCAGUAUGAAGUAGUACUUUAAAAGCUAGAAAAGUGAAAGAUAUAUAAAUUAAGAAACUGAAUUAAAAACAGAAAGUUGUGGAGGUUAUGAAUAAGGCAAUGAUGAUAUCCAAGAUUAAAUUUAAAAGCUGAAAGAAGUUUACUAAUUAUCUGUAAAAAGAGGAGCUAUGCUCAAGGAAUACUCUAAAAGAUUAAUGGUUUAGCAAUUAGUUGAAAAACCAAAGCAAAAUCUAGCUAGCCAAAUUUUAAGAAGCAAAAGAAAAAUAUAAGGAAAUAAUCACCUGUCCGCUGAACAAAAAAGUAUUAUAAAUUCUUCUACAUAAAUUCCUUCAAGCAUGCAAAGUCAAACUAAAAAAGAUAUUACAAGUCUAAAAACACUGCAUCAUACAGAGUCAACUCCUAAUAUUACCUCUUUAAUGUACAUCAGAGAUAGCUUAAAUGUAAGGAGUCCACUAAACAAAAAUAACUCUAUAAUAAUUUAACAAAACGAAGUGAGGGUUCCAGCAUUUAAUGAAUGA